AAUAUGAGGAGACAACGGCCUAUCCAUGAAGUGAGAGAGGGGAGCGGACGAGGGAAGAAAGCACAUGAAUACGAUGAUGAGUGUAUUUCACAUCUAUGGCGGUUGGUGCACUCUUGUGGCUCUUGUGUUUCUUAUAUUAUUGCUUUGGCAGCGUAGGAGAUCUUUCUUCACCUCAUCUCCGUCCACUUCCUUUUUAGUCUCCGAUUCUGUCAAUUCAAAAUUGAGAACCUUAAAUUUUGUGACAGAUUCAGAUUUGAAGUUUUUGAUGGAGAUUUUGGAUGAGAAGCUCAACGAGAUUGAUAGAUGGGAGGAUGUUAUCGAUAAAAGAAAUCAGCAUCUAAUAUACAAUGCGAAAUGCUGCAAGCCUAAGAAUGGUCCUCUGAGAUAUUUGAGUGUGACUAUGUUCCGUGAUAUUUCGUCUGAGAUGCUAAGAAACUUCUACAUGGACAAUGAUUACAGAAAGCAGUGGGAUAAAACAGUGGUUGAGCAUAAUCAACUGCAGGUGGACGAAUUUGAUGGUGUUGAAGUUGGUCGUACAAUUAAAAAGUUCCCCCUUUUGAGGCCUAGAGAAUAUGUGCUAGCUUGGAAAUUGUGGGAGGGGAGGGACAAAACUUUCUAUUGUUUCAUGAAGGAAUGCGAGCAUCCUUUGGCACCGCGGCAGAGAAAAUAUGUACGUGUUGAGUAUUUUAGAUCUGGCUGGCGAAUAAGAGAAAUCCCUGGUAGAAAUGCCUGUGAGAUCACAAUGUUUCAUCAAGAAGAUGCUGGUUUGAAUAUGGAGAUGGCAAAGCUGGCUUUUUCUAAGGGCAUAUGGAAUUAUGUAUGCAAGAUGGAUAAUGCACUUAGAAGAUACUCUGUUAUAAGCUAUCAUUUACCAAGUUCAGUUGCCACUUCAAUCAAUUUAAUGCAGAAGGUACCGGCUUGCUUGGACCCUAUUAAGAACAACAUAUCUCCUGCAUAUCCUACGACCCCCCAUGAUCAAGUUACAGAUGAAUCUCAAGUGCGUAUGAUCUCGAGAAGGUCAUCAAGAAAGCUGCUAGCCAAAAGUUUGCUGCUUCUAGGGGGUGCAAUAUGCCUGUCUCGCGGUCACUCUAGCCUAGGUGCUAAAGUUGCCAUGGCAUACAUCUUAACAAAGCUUAGUAAACGUGAUGCUAGAUCAACUUAGGAUCUGCUUGAUUUAGGUUUUUGAAGAACUUAUUUAAGAAAUAAUUUUGUAAUGAUUAAUUUGUUCAGCAAUGAUAUUUUAAAGGUAAUUAUUACUUU